UAGGCAAGUGAACGAGCACAUGUGUUGUGUUUUGGUUUCGAACUGGACACAGGUCGUUGGUGGUACCGCUGAGUUAUUUCAUAAUUUGUACUGAAUUUGAGCUACACUUUUAAUCAUGGCGGAGUACGUACAUCAAACUCUGGAGGAGAUGAUUCCAGAGCUUGAAGAAAUGACACGAUUGGGAUUAUUUACAGCCAAGGAAACAAAAAUCAUCCUGAAGAACAGGGAAAGUUUUGAAUAUCGCCUUCGCCAGCUGACCAAGACGAAAGCUUCAUUUCUGAAUUACGUUGAAUACGAGAAAAAGCUGUUGGAAUUAUUAAAGAUAAGGAGGAAGAAAGUUGCCAGUGACUCAAGGAAAAGGGAAUUAGAAAAGUCCAUUGCUGAUAGGAUUCAUCAACUUUAUCGGCUGGUGACUGUGAGAUUCCAGGAGGAUGUCUCUUUAUGGCUGCAACACAUAGAUUUCAGCAAGGCUUUGAAUGAAAAGGCUUAUGUGACUCGUCUGUAUGAAAAAGUCUUGAAGAUUCAUUCCCAUAAUGAAGAUGUUUGGGUCCAGUCUGCGAGAUGGGAGAGCUCCACAGAUGGCAACGGUAAUCAUGAACUUGCUCGGGAGAUUCUGCUGAAGGCCCAUCGAGUCAACCCUGAAUCACAGACCAUCUUCCUGGAGAUGUAUCACAUGGAGCUACAACUGGCAAAGCAGAUAAUCAAGAGAAAGUCUGUGCUUGGCCUUCCCUCCAACAUGGAGGGUCCAAAGGAAGACAAUGGUGCAGAGGAAGACAAGACAGCUGAGCUGAAGCUUGCUGAAAUUGUGUACAGCAAAGGAUUGGAGUUGUUCCGUGGUUUGGCUGACUUUCACAUGAAGAUGCUCAGCAUUACCUCCAAGUUCAAAGAGGCGAGGAAGCUGCAGGCUGUCAUCGUGGCUGACUUACAGAGACUGUACCCAACUAAUCCCUAUGUGUGGAACGGUUUGGCUCUGAGACACUUGAAUUCUUUGAAGAAGAUUGGAGCUGAACAGAGGAAAGUAGCUGUGGCGCAGUGUUUGAAAGUCUACGAUGAAGCGGUGGAGAAGGUGCCCACUGUGUCGAAUGAUAAGGAAUACGGGAAGAAACGAAAAUAGAAGAAAGACCAGAAGUGAGG